AUGGAGCCAAUUACACCAGUGGUUGCCAUGUUGGCUCUCUGGUUUUGCUUAAAGUCAUUAGUCAUGGUGCCCAUGAACAAUGUUAAAAUACGUGUGGAUCAAAUGCAACGGCUGCAGGCAGAAGAGGAUGCCAAGGUCAAUGCACAAGAAAUGAGGGAAAAGGGGAAUACAGUUGCCAAGAUCGAAGGUCUCUGCGUUCAAUGUCAUACAAAGACCCGGUGGGGAUCCCUUCUGGUGAUAAAUGAGAAUGUCUACAAAGGUAUCUGCAUCAAAUGCAACGCAGACAAUGUACCUCCACAUGUCUUGAAUAGGUACAUAAAGAGAGUGCAGAAACGACUGGCUAAGCCUCCAGUACGGGGAAGGGGGGUUCUUGGUCAGCGACCUCUUGUGUCGAGGCAGAAAAAUCCAGCACCAAAAGCUGCAAACCCGCUUGCCAAAGCGAAACCAGAAGAUGUGUCAAUAGAAACGUCGACAAUCAAGGUUUUCGUGCCUUCCUUGAAUAAGAUAUUUGUCCGGCAGGAAAAGAUCUCUAGUGAAAUGAAAUUGUCGCGCCUUCAGAGCGUCGUCAUGGACCAAAAGCUCCGAUAUGAAAUAAUGCAGUUACGUAUCACCCGUGUCAGGGGCUCUAUGAGUUUCGAUGACGAGUUUUGUCUCUGCGCAAAUGGUGUCAAGUUGCAGGAGAAACCGCUCAAUAGGCUCAUACGCUGGUAUCUUUCUGGAAUUCCCAAAGUCUAUCGAUUUGGAGCCCUUCUUUGGCAGAGGAGAGCCGUUUGUGAUACAUUCCCCUCUCACCCCUCCCCUGACAAUCCUAAUCGAGCAUCAUUGUACUGUCCAAGAUCUCAAGGCGAAGAUCGGAGAGCUUAUACCAGAAGAGGCAUGGAACAAGAAGAUCUACCUGGAAGACUGCAAUGGACGGGUUUUAGAGGAUACCAAGAGGCUCGGGUCUGUAUGCAGGGAUGGUCUCACCCUUAA